AUGUCCUCCAUCCUUCGAUUAGCGCAGAGGGCCACCCGGUUGCUGACUAUCGGACGCCCGCAAAUAAAAAAGUCGUUCACACCACAAAUCCGACAAUUCACAACAACAAAUAUUCUGAAAACAGGAGAUUUUGAAUAUGAGGAUCCAAAAAGUGAAGAUGAAGUGGUGAAUAUCACCUACGUGUUAAGGGAUGGCACGGAACGAAAAAUCCGGGGGAAAGUCGGAGAUAAUGUGAUGUUUCUGGCGCACAGAUACGACAUCGAAAUGGAGGGAGCGUGUGAAGCAUCGUUGGCCUGUUCCACGUGUCACGUCUACGUGGAUCCCGCUUUCAAGGACAAACUGCCGGAACCGCUGGAAGAAGAGGAUGAUAUGUUGGAUAUGGCGCCGGCUCUCAAGGACAACUCCCGUCUCGGCUGUCAAAUUGUGCUCUCCAAAGAGCUCGACGGCAUCACAGUGACCCUCCCAACGAUGACUCGGAACUUUUAUGUGGAUGGACACGUGCCGAAACCUCAUUAA